CUUGCUGUCUCCCGACCCACGACCUAGGCCAACCUGGACUCCUUCAUCUCCAAUGAGGUGGCCUCUACAUUGUAUAUGAAGGCUCUGAUUUUUCAUUCCGCCGGGAUCCAUCUUACAACAUGGCAAUCCAGUGCAGACCGGAGGAUGAAACUGAACAACACAGCUAAAAUAAAGUGUAUUCCCAGAACACACGUUGUGGAAACAGGAUGAAGCUGACCAGUGAGGAGUUGCCCAAGGACCCCGUUUAUAGCUCUCUGUCCCAGUAUGCCGCCAAGAACCAGUCGUUCUCCCAGUGGAGGAAGGAGAAGUCCGACCACUACAGCCACGCUAACUUGGUGGACAAGGCACUGCAGCUCUUGAAGGAAAGGAUAAGAAGAGGCGAUGCCGUGGCCUAUUUCCUACGAGGCCAACUCUAUUUUGAAGAGGGAUGGUAUGAAGAAGCCUUGGAGCAGUUUGAAGAAAUCAAGGAGAAGGACCACCAAGCGAUGUACCAGCUGGGAGUGAUGUACUACGACGGGCUGGGCACAGCUGUGAACGCUGAAAAAGGAGUGGAAUAUAUGAACAAUAUAAUUGAUUCUCCGUGUCCCAAAGCAAGACACUUACAGUUUGCAGCUGCUUACAACCUUGGACGUGCUUACUACGAAGGCAAAGGUGUUAAACGAUCCAAUGAGGAAGCUGAAAGGCUGUGGCUUUUUGCUGCGGACAAUGGGAAUCCAAAAGCCAGUGUGAAGGCCCAGAGUAUCCUCGGACUGUAUUACUCAACGAAAGAGCCCAAAGAGUUAGAAAAGGCGUUUUACUGGCAUUCAGAAGCCUGCGGCAACGGAAACCUGGAGUCCCAGGGGGCACUGGGGCUCAUGUACCUGUACGGACAGGGCAUCCGCCAGGACACCGAGGCUGCCCUGCACUGCCUGCGGGAAGCGGCGGAGCGUGGGAACGUGUGCGCGCAGGGGCACCUGGUGGAGUAUUACUACAACAUGAAGUUCUUCACCAAGUGCGUGGCGUUCUCCAAGAGGAUCGCCGACUACGACGAGGCUCACGACAUCCCCAUGAUAGCCAAGGUCACGGACUGUCUCCCGGAGUUCAUCUGCAGGGGCAUGGCCAUGGCGGCCUUCUACCACGCGCGCUGCCUCCAGCUCGGCCUGGGGAUCUCCAAGGACGAGGCGGCCGCGAAGCACUACUAUUCUAAAGCCUGUCGUCUGAACCCCACUCUGGCAGAUGAACUUCACUCUUUACUGAUUCGUCAAAGAAUUUAGACCGUCGUGCAUUUCAACAAAGAUCGUCCACCCUGUGACACCUUUAAAAUGUGUGUAUUUUUACAACAGCUGUGUCUGGUUAUUUUGUACAUCUCAAGUUACAUAGUUUGGGUUUUUUACUGAUGACACGUUACCUUUCACUCUUGGGUUUGUAGUCUGUGAUUCACAACUUGAAACGCAGCUACAGGAUCAAGCAGCCGGGCAACCGCUCGGAAACCCAGUCCUCCGCCUGCCGACCGGCCUAGACCGCGUCAGACCCUGAAAACCACACCAUACUCUGCUCCCCGUCUUCAAAUGCAGCACCCCAAAAGACCUGGUGUGACCUUUGGUUGAAAGGCUUCAGAAGUAUAAAUGCUACCACGUGUAAGAUAUUCUAUACAUGAAAUAAAUUGUUUCAUUUUAACCUGUUAUUUAAAUGUUUAAAUUUAAAAUUCACAAAGUUUUUGGAUGGAAUUUACAAGUAAUUUUUUAAAUAAAUUUGUGUAGCAUUUAUGCUUCUGAAGUUGUUGCAGCUGAGACGGCGCUAGAUCUCCUGGGACGUCUUGUAUUCGCAAAAGAGAUUGUUAUAAAUGGUUCAACUGGCUGAUUUAGGACCGACUUUAACAACAGCGGGUUUAAGAAGUGGUUUACAAGCCUGUCCCUCCACAUCUUAACUAACUUGAGUUAAUGAAACAACGGCUACAUUCCUGAGAAGACCAUCAGUUCAAGCCAGACGUCUUCUUUGUGCUUCGUUGCCUUCAUGUUAAAAAACCUAGAUGUACUUCGAAGCAAGAUAAAAUGUGAAAAGAAAUCUCCAUGGAAUCCAUACAGAACUAAAUACGGUUAAAAACUGAGUUAGCAGAAGGCUUUCCUGAUAGUACUGGCUUCACCGGAGACAAAAGAGGGCAGG